AUGCCGUCCGAGUCGGCCUGCCUGCGCCACGCCGCGGGCCCGGGACGGCGGCCGGCCUCCGCCGAGCCGCCCCCGCAGCCCCGGCUGCAGCGCGCCCGGUCGCUCGACGACCAGGGCUGGAGGGGGCGGCGCUUCCGAGGCGGCCCCGAGGACGCGGCCGCCCAGCGUGGGGCCGGCCCGGGCCCCGUCCAGGGCGCGCAGGGCCCCCCCGCGCCCCCCGGCCUGAGCGCCUCCUGGCAGGCGCUCCCCCAGGCCCGCGGGGGGCCGGGCAGCGAGCCCGGGGGCCCCGCCCCGCGGAGCGGCCGCCCCGCCGGGGACCUGCACCGAGAGGCCCUCCCGCCCGGGAGCCCGCCGCCGGCGCCGCUCGCCGGCCCGCGCCCCUCGCGCUCGGCGCCGGCGGUGGACCCCAGCGUGACCUCUGACCCCGAGCCGGCCGACCGCACGCCCCGCGCCCCCGGCCGGCUGGUCCGGGCCCACAGCAGCCUGGGCACCUGCCGGCCCCGAAGCCCCCGGGCCUGCGAGGACCACGCGCUGCACCCCGCCAGAUCCUCCUUCAGCCUCCUGGCGCCCAUCCGCACCAAGGACGUCCGCAGCAGGAGCUAUCUGGAGGGGAGCCUGCUGGCCAGCGGGGCGCUGCUGGGGGCCGAGGAGCUGGCCCGGUACUUCCCCGACCGGAGCAUGGCCGUGUUCGUGGCCACCUGGAACAUGCAGGGCCAGAAGGAGCUCCCCGCCAGCCUGGACGAGUUCCUGCUGCCCUGUGAGGCCGACUACACCCAGGACCUGUACGUCAUCGGGGUCCAGGAGGGCUGCUCCGACAGGCGGGAGUGGGAGACGCGGCUGCAGGAGACGCUGGGCCCGCGGUUCGUGCUGCUGUCGUCGGCGGCGCACGGCGUGCUCUACAUGUCCCUCUUCAUCCGCAGGGACCUCAUCUGGUUCUGCUCCGAGGUGGAGUGCUCCACGGUGACCACUCGGAUCGUGUCGCAGAUCAAGACCAAGGGCGCCCUGGGCGUCAGCUUCACCUUCUUCGGCACCUCCUUCCUCUUCAUCACCUCGCACUUCACCUCCGGCGACGCGAAGGUGGCGGAGAGGCUGAUGGACUACGCCAAGACCGUCCAGGCCCUGGCCCUGCCGCGGACCGUGCCGGACACCAACCCCUACCGCUCCAGCGCAGCCGACGUCACCACGCGCUUCGACGAGGUGUUCUGGUUCGGAGACUUCAACUUCCGCCUGAGCGGGGGCCGCGGGGCCGUCGAGGCCGUGCUGAGCCGGGGCCCGCGGGCCGACGUGCCGGCGCUGCUGCGGCUCGACCAGCUCGGCCGCGAGAUGAGGAAAGGGGCCAUCUUCAAAGGGUUCCAGGAGCCCGACAUCCACUUCCUGCCGUCCUACAAGUUCGACAUCGGGAAGGACACGUACGACAGCACGUCCAAGCAGAGGACGCCGUCCUACACGGACCGGGUCUUGUACCGGAGCCGCCACCAGGGAGACAUUUGCCCCUUGAGGUACUCGUCGUGCCCGGGGAUCAAGACGUCCGACCACCGCCCCGUGUACGGCCUGUUCCGGGUCCGAGUGAGGCCGGGCCGGGACAACAUCCCCCUGGCUGCGGGCAAGUUCGACCGCGAGCUGUACUUGAUCGGGAUUAAGAGGCGGAUCUCCAAGGAGAUGCAGCAGCAGCACGCGCUCAAGAGCCAGAGCUCCAGCGCCGUCUGCGCCGUGUCCUGAAGCCGUCGGGCCGCGGGCUCGCCGGCGCGGGCUCCUCCCCCGCUUCCUGACCGAGCCCCGGCGCCCGUGGCUGUCGCGGGAAGGGAGCUG